AUAUUUAUUUCGUCAAAGUCUAAUGCCAAUUGCCAGAACUUGAUUGCUUACAAAAUUAUUUAUUUAUCUUCGGGUAGAAGUUACAUUACAGGUUCGAAGUUUUUUCUUUUCUCUUGUUGCCCAGCAAUAUAAAGACUUUAAUUGUAAGAUUUGAUUCAGUAAAUGGCCGUUUUGACGACUUAAAACCAGAAUUUCAAUCUCAGAUUCACCGUUGACUUCUUGUUCUUCUCUCUCUCUCUCUGGAAUUUAGAGUUUCAGAUAGCCACGAAGAUGAUAUGCAUCUCCGUCUGUUUUCCUACCGAAAAUUCUCUAGUUUGAGACAAUUAGAUCCCUUAUCAUCGAUUGGUGCCAACAUAAGGUCUUUUGUGCAACAUGGGCUUUAUUCGGAAGCCCUGCAAUUGUACUACAAUGGUAGAGCAUCAUUGCUUUCUUCUCAGAAAUCUGAGAAAUUCACGUUUCCUUCUCUUUUCAAGGCCUGCGCUGCCCUUUUGGAUUUCCGCCAUGGAAGCAAGAUCCAUGCCACAAUCAUCUGUAUGGGUUUACAAUAUGAUGCCUACAUUGCUAGCUCGCUUAUCAAGAUGUAUGUUAAAUGUGGGUACCUUGAUAAUGCAGUCAAAGUGUUUGUUUCAAUAUCUGAAUGUGAGGAUUCUGUAAACGAUGUUACUCUUUGGAACUCUAUCAUUGAUGGGUAUUUUCAGUAUGGAUUUAUCCAUGAUGCUUUUCUUCAGUUUCGCCUAAUGCAAUCAUUGGGUGUCAGGCCGGAUGGAUACUCCCUGAGCAUCCUCCUUCAAAUCUGCAGUAAAUCUUGUAAUCUUGUGGGAGGGAGGCAGAUUCAUUCCUAUGUUGUUAGACAAUUGCUUGAUGGGGACCCUUACUUGGAGACUGCAUUGAUUGACAUGUAUGCAAAAUGCUGUCGACCGCUGGAUUCAUGGCGAGUGUUUGAUAGAAUGGAGGAUAAGAGCAAUGAUGUACCAUGGAAUGCAAUGAUUUGUGGGUUUUGUGAGAAUGGACUGUGGGAGAAGAGCUUGGAAUUUUUUGUACUAAUGAAGAGUGAGAAUUGCAAGCUUGGAUCAGCAACAUUCUCUAGUGUCCUGACAGCAUGUUCUGAUGGAGAAGAUAUGGAUUUUGGUAGGGCAGUUCACUGCAAUGUGAUUAAGAUAGGUCUUGAAUGGGAUCCAUAUGUCUAUUCUUCCCUCCUGAGCAUGUAUGCCAGGGGUAGGACAAUAGAAGAUGCACAGAAAGUUUUUUAUCAGAAACCCGAUAAAGAAACUGAAUUGUGGAAUGCGAUGAUCUCAGGUUAUAUCUUUAACAAUAGUGUUGAACAGGCUUUGGAUGUUUACAGAAGGAUGAGAUUUUGUGGGCUAGCACCAAAUUCCUUCACCAUCUCUAAUGUGUUGGCAGCUUGUAGUUUGCUUGAUUUACAUGAUUUUGGAAGGAGUGUCCAUGGGGAAUUGAUCAAAAUACCUGCCCAAUGUAAUGUGGCUGUACAGAGUGCACUGUUGACACUCUAUGUAAAAUGUGGAAACACUGAGGACGCUCACUCUGUUUUUAAUGCAAUGGAGCAAAAGGAUGUUGUUUCUUGGGGCUCCAUGAUAUCUGGAUUAUGUCAAAAUGGGAAUUUCAGGGAAGCACUGAACUUGUUCAAGGCAAUGGAGGCUGAAGGACAAGGACCAGAUCCCAUUCUAAUGGGAAGUGUAAUUAGUGCUUGCGUGGGACUCCAGAAUUUAGAAUUGGCUUGUGGUUUCCAUGGAAUUGUCCUCAAGAGUGGAAUGGGCUUGGAUGCUUUUGUUGGUUGUAAUUUGAUAGAAACGUAUGCUAAAUUUGGUUUGCCAGAGAUGUCUGGGAAUGUAUUUGCUGAAAUGUCACAUAAGAAUUUGGUGUGUUGGAAUUCUAUAAUCUCCUGCUACUUAUGGAAUGAUCUUCCAGAGCUGUCAAUUAAUCUUUUUCCACAAUUAGUUCAGCAUGGUUUGACCCCUGAUUCUGUUUCCAUUACAAAUAUCCUUGUUGCUAUCACGUCAGUAGCGGCACUACUUAAAGGAAAAGCUGUACAUGCAUACCAGACAAGACAUGAGAUACAAACAGAUCUUCAAGCAGGAAAUGCUCUAAUAGAUAUGUAUGUCAAGUGUGGAUGCUUACAAAAUGCACAGAAGGUAUUUGAAAAAAUGCCUCAGAGAAAUAUUGUGACAUGGAAUUCGAUGAUUGCUGGUAAUGGAUCUCAUGGAGAGUGUAUGAAUGCAAUUGCAUUAUUUGAUGAGAUGCAAAGAUUGGGAGUGAUACCAGAUGAUGUCACGUUCCUUGCCCUGAUUUCAUCCUGCAGUCAUUCUGGGUUUAUUGAAAAAGGUCUCAAUAUAUUUCAAUCAAUGACAAGAGACUAUGGCAUUGAACCUAGAAUGGAACAUUAUGCGAAUAUGACUGAUCUAUGGGGUCGUGCAGGACAUUUGACUGAAGCUUACAGUUUCAUCCAAAGCAUGCCUAUUGUACCAGACAAGAGUGUUUGGCUGUGUUUGUUAUAUGCCUGUCGAGCUCAUCAUAACAUUGAACUUGGAGAAUUAGCUGCUCAUAACCUACUAAAUUUGGAUCCCGAUAGAGGCAGCAAUUAUGUUCAGUUGUUAAAUUUAUACGGGGAAGCAGCAUUGUGGGACAAGGCAGCAAAUUUAAGGGUGUCAAUGAAAGAUAAAGGAUUGAAGAAGCAUCCAGGGUAUAGCUGGAUUGAGGUGAGAAAUAAAGUUGAUGUUUUCUUCUCAGGGGAUUCGUCCUCACCAAGGGCAGUGGAGAUUUACAAUGCAUUAAGGAGUCUUAGAACAAACAUGAGAAGGGAAAGUGGCAAUGAAGAAAUCAUGGACCAAUGAGCUCAGGAAAAUAAGGGAACUGAAAAUUGAAGGAGGAUAGUGUUCCUAAUAUGUUCAGAUUAACCAACCAGAACAAGAAUGGAUUUGUCUAUACAAUUUUGAAUCUCGGAGAAGGCAUUUAUUGCCCUCAAAUGACACAGCCCACAUGAGAGAGACCUAUUGAAUGGUCCUAUCAAGCUAUAUCAGGCAUUCAGAAAUGAACCUACUGGUCGCCACCUGGAUAAGAAAUGAAAUCUAGUUCUCUCAUACCAAGUUUACUAUGGAUUAAAAAGUUACAGAGAGAUUGCAGGUUUUCAAAUCAUACUGCACUAUAACAAAAGCAAGGUUCAUUAAUUAUUGCUUGCUGACAGGUAAAACUUCAGCAAAUGCCCCACAUACUUGGAGUCCGGCUCAGCUGCAAGUACAUGCAUGCAGCACACGUAAGGUCACUACUCAACACGUGUCCCUUUUGUUUCGAAAUGCUCCGUGUGCUCUAAAUGGUAGUGGGUGGUUCAGGUGUUGUACACUGCCCAUAAGUGCAAUGUGCAUGUAUGCAGCUUAGUCAGCCUUCAUGCUUGUUGAUCCAAUUUGUCCUUGGGGUUUGGUAGGCUAUUUCCAUUAUUGUUGGCCACAAUACAAUAUUACUCUUGCUUUCGGCUUUUAGUAACACAAGUGCUUAGAUUCUGUGAA